AGGAUCGAGGACACCGAUCGGACAAGAACGGUUCCCGGGGCAAUAGAGAGACUCCAGGAUGAUUUGCUAUGGGCAGUCGUCAAGGCUCGAAUUGUACAAAGAGCAGGCGCUUAAACUCUUGGACAAUCAAUCCGCUUAUUACUGCUUUUGUACGGAGAAAAGACUGGAAUUGUUGAGGAGAGAGGCUAUAAAGUGUGGACAAGUACCUAAAUAUGACAAUAGGUGUCGACAUUUUACCAAGGAUCAAGUAAAGGAAAUGCUCUGGAAAAAUAUCACUUAUUGUAUUAGAUUUAAGUUGGCGUCCACACCGGCGGCCUUUCACGACAUAGUUUACGGCGACGUGUUGCAUGAUCUUACCAAGUCCGAGGGAGAUCCAGUUAUCAUAAAAUCAGAUGGCUAUCCCACUUACCAUUUUGCAAAUGUAGUCGAUGACCAUUUUAUGGAAAUAUCUCGUGUCUUACGGGGUGUUGAAUGGCAAGUUUCUACACCUAAGCAUAUUAUGCUUUACAAGCUAUUUCACUUGAGAGAGAGAGAGAGAGAGAGGACAAUUAAAUUCUUACAAAAUUAAGUUAAGAAUUCGACU